AUGUUGACCAACAGUCCGUUGCCACAGCUGUGGCAAUAGGAGGCACAAGAAGAUCUGCCUGACAAAGCAGCUGAGGAGAGUCAAACGAGGAGCAGAACUCCAUGUCAGCUGUUGCAGGUUCUGGAUCAUCAGGAUGACAUUGCUGAGAUAUAUGGUCAUUCAGAUCCUCUGGGCUUACUCUUCCCAGGCAGAAGUGCCAGUAUGUGAACAUCCCCCUGAAGUGGAUUUUGGUGACAUUCUAAGUGGUGAAAAAUCAGAAUAUGUGGAAAGUGACAGAGUACAGUACUGCUGCUACCCUGGGUACACGCUGGCUGGAUCUGAAUGGAUAACAUGUAAUGGAGGAAGUUGGACCCAACUGCCAAAAUGUCUAGCUCCAUGCACUAUCACUAAGCAGCAGCUGGAGGAGAAAAAUCUGUUCCUACGCAAUAACCGAAGACGUACAGUUAUAGUUCUGAGUGCUCAAACAGUGGAGUUUUCCUGCAGCAAAGACUAUAACCUCACUGUUCCUGCUGUCAGGACGUGUGUUGAUGGAAAUAUUCAUUUUCCACUGUGUAUCCCACAGACUGGGAAGAAAUGUGGACGUCCACCUGCUAUUGAUAAUGGAGAUAUAACUAUGUUUUCCCAGAAAGAUUAUGCCUCUGGGUCCUCCGUGGAAUACAAAUGCCAACAUUUUUACACAUUGGAUGGACAAAAUACAUCUUUCUGUAACAAUGGAAACUGGACAACCCCACCAGUCUGUGUGGAGCCAUGUGCUGUCAGUGUGACAGAAAUGGAAAGCCAUGACAUAGAGCUGAGUAAGAGGUCAAAAGGAAAACAGUACAUCCCCCAUGGAGAUUUUGUUGAGUUUAAGUGCAAACUGGGGUAUGCACCUCCUGCCCUGUUGUCUACUUCUGAUUUUACUGUGCAAUGCUAUUCAGGCAAUAUUUCUUAUCCCCAAUGCCAUAAAGAAAUAACAUGCACCCCACCAACUAUUCUGAAUGGAGGGGUAAUGGUUCCAUGGAGACUUUACAAGGAGAAUGAACAAAUACAAUUUAACUGUGAUAUAGGAUUUAAGUUCAAUGAAAGAUCAGAUGCAGUAUGUACUGAAGAUGGAUGGAGACCAGCCCCAUUAUGUAUAGAAGUUACAUGUGAUCCUCCAAAAGUGGCUGAUGGUAGUUUUGUCCCUUCAAAGACAAUAUACAGAGAAGAGGAUGUAAUCACAGUGGAUUGCAAGCGUGGAUUUCACUUUGACUCAUUCAGUGGGAACACAGCUCAAUGCACCAAGAAUGGCUGGAUACCUGUUCCAAAAUGUGUCUUGCGACCUUGUGACUACCCACAGGUAGAAAAUAUUGAAUUAAGUGGCUAUUAUCAAAGCAACAGAGAACAAGCCUUUCCAGCAAAGAUAGGGUCAUCAACGUACUACAGGUGUGCCAAUGGUUAUGUAACUGCAACUGAGGAAAAUUGGGUUUUAAUCAGAUGUACAAGAGAUGGCUGGGAUCCUGCACCAAAAUGUAUAAAAUUAUGUUCUGUCCCAGAUUUGGAAAAUGGUGGUACCGGCUAUUGGCAUUGGAAAAAAUUCAAAGAAGGUGAAACAAUUUCAUAUUCAUGUCACCGGGGCUAUAUCCCUGAAAAUCAGCAAGACAGGAUUAUGUGCGCUAAGGAUGGCUGGUCGCCUACUCCAAGAUGUAUCUCUGAGCUAACCUGUCCUGUGGAUAAUUUGGAAAAUGGCAGAUUCCACUUAAGUUUUGGGAAAACAUAUCACUUAAAUGACAGAAUUACCUAUUCAUGUAAUUCAGAGAACGACCGUGAGAAUCAGCAACGCACUGUUACAUGCACCAAGAACGGUUGGUGGCCUACUCCAAGGUGUAUCCCUGGCAACAUAUGUAAAAAAGUAGAGAUAAUUCAUGGGUAUUUCACAGAAAAGAAGGACAUAUUUAACUUAAAUGACGAAACAACGUAUAGAUGUGUCAUUGGUUACACAACUCCAGAUGGAAAUGAAACAGGAAAUAUACGGUGCAUUCGUACAGGGUGGAGCCCUUCCCCAGGAUGUAGCAGAACUUCAGGAUGAAUAAAAAGAAGCAUCUAUCAGAUAACUUUUAACCUAGCCCUGAAGAUCAAAACCCAUUGACAAGUUAUUUGUAAUGUUAGUUCAUUAGGUCUUUUUCAGUUAUCUUAACACAAUUCUCUGUCUAAACUGAUGCAUGCAGUCACUUCUGUUUAUUUGUCACCAAAAUGUAUGUUAUCAAAGCUAAUGUUGAAGAAAACAUAAAAGAACUCACAAGGACUUUUCCAAUAAAUUUAGACCUAAAUAAAAAUAUAGUCUUUCUGAGUAUUGGGAAAGGUAAUUUAAAGGCAAACUGCCCACUUUUCUACUUCCUCCCAGGAUAUUGGACAAGAACACCCCCCCCCCCCCCCCAAAUUUCCCAUUGCGAUUAUAACAGGAAUGACUGGAUGUCUUACUAGAAGUUUCAGCUUUUUGAAGACUUAUGGCUUACUUUUCAUACCAUAAUGUUUGGAUGUGUGAAGAUGAGGAUCUGGGCCUUUUGAAGUUUCCCUGAUGUCAUUAGCAACGGUUUAGUUUCUUCUCUCCUACCCAAUCAUUUUAGUGGUUCAGGAAGCCUAAAUAGCAUACAGUUCUCUAUCAAAAUUCUAUAGAAAAGUUGAGAACAGGUGAGCUCCUGCUGAUAAUUAGUGGAGCAGGGAGACAUAUGCAUUUGGCAUUAUGUAAAUGAGUUGCAUAUUGCUAUUUACCACUGCACGUAGUAGAAUGGAAAUUAAAGCAGUUCUGGUUGCAGAUGAAUUGAUUAAGAUCCUCAGAAUUUAGAAUUAAAAGUAACAAAGAGAAAGUUAAUCCUGUUGGUAAGCUAUGCCAGGAAAGGUCUAUGCUCUUUAAUUAUAUCAAACAAACGAGAACAAACCCAAACAUACUCUAAGACCAUGAUCAGUAUAUCUGUUCUACCCAAAAUUGUGUGAAGGCCUAAAGAUUUCAGAUUACUGAAAGCCUGUCUGUAACAGGAAUCCAGACUGCAUUGUUCUGGACCUGUGUCAUGGGUUUCUUGUAUGCCAUAGGCCUGGUCACUUAGGCUUCCUGCAGCUGUUUCCUAUCAGGAUGCUAGUCCUUCUCGGUGCUGGUGGUUACUAUCUUGGCCUAAGGGAGUUAAAAGAUCAACUAAAAGGCUCCAGGUUAGAAAUUUCAUUCAUGUGCCACAGUGGAAUAUUUUCACUGUAGGGUACGGCCUUUCUGUGCAGUAGACGGAGGUUUCCUGGGCCUAUCUCAUUUUGGAAUCAAACCCUAGAGGACCAAAGCAGAAACUUCAAGCUCAUCACAUCCAAUCAAAGUGCUACAUGCAUUCCUUUUACCUGGACCACCAUUCAUUAAGGAGUUGUGAGAAGGGAUUUCCAGGGACAAAAGCUACAGCAAAAUGAUAGCUGGAAAAAAGGAGGGGAUAGAUGGUGAAACUCAGUAGUGAGUCUGGAAUUAGCAAAUGAGAAACAUGAGGAAGAAAUGGUAAAUGAGUGAAUAAAUGAAUUUCAAAUUGAAAUCAGGGAUCUUGGUUGUAGCUAUGUUGGUUAAAGAACAUAGGAAGACAGGGGUUUUUGGGUAAACCGGAUGUCUUUUUAUUAGACCAACUAAAUUUUUGGGAAAAAAUCUUUGCAAGCUUCUGGGUACAAAAGGAAGAAGGUGUUUGUACCUGAAAGCCAGCAAAGAAGAAUGUUUCCAACUACUUUAGUUGAUCUAAUAGAAGAUAUCAGAUUUACCCCCAAAAACCUUGUCUUCCUUAAGUUGGUAUCAGCAUUAGAUCAGUAUAAUUAUUGCUGCUGAAUGUGCUACAUUAAAACAAAUGUGAACCACU